UAUUCACCUUCGGCCGUCCGGGCGUGCUUGGAAUCCACCCCGUUUUCGGAGAAUGUGAGGACGAACACGUUGGAUUAUAUCAAGGGGAUGUUGACUCUCGAUGUCUUCGAAGAGAACCACAAACAAUCCACAGGCUCGGUCCUCGAUCAGAACGUCGACGUCCGAGCUCGGUUGGACGAGAUGGAGACGAGGGUCUAUACGUCGGAUUAUGCGUUUCAGAGCGAGGUCUCUGAUCUGAUGUGGUCCUUGAACGAUGGGCAUUAUUAUUGGACCAAUUGCUACGACUUUUUCGCCACCGCCCACGGCGUCCCCCUCGUCGCCCUCUCCACCGACGCAACGAGCACCGACCGGAGCUCCAUCUACAUCGCUCCAGACAUCUGGGCCCUGGCCAGAGAAUACCGUGAGAUCGAUCCGGACUUUUAUCGGGGGCUCGAUACCGAGGAGAUCGCUGGCGCCAGGGUCGUCCAGAUCGAAGGACAGGACGCAUGGGAUUACUUGGAUGGCGCUGCGGAUAGGGCGGGGGUUUAUCAGGAUAAACAACAGAGGUUGAAUUCGUUGUUCGCCAGUCCGUUGGUGCAGUACGGCGGGUGGGACCACGACCCAGGUAGAUUUGCGGUCCAGCGUGGGUUCCAAAACGAUUCUCUGCGAAUGACAAUCAUUGCUGACCUGUUUCCUGAGUCUGGGCUACAGGUCCCUUGGAGGACUUAUUGGACGUCUCAGUAUAGGUUUACGUACGACAGUGGGGAGGAAUUGUCGGCCGAAUUCGGUCGACGAUCGGGCUCUUCCGUCUCGGACGAACGCCUUGGACAUAUCGCCAAGACGACCCCUCCUCGACAGCUUCCCGAGAUCAAUUCGUUCAUCUCUGCCAACAGCUCGUCGGCUCAGCGUACGCUUUAUCAGCAAUGUCCUUCCCGCACGACCUUGUCGGUAUGGCCGUUCGGCAGCUCGGUGGACCCUACCCGAGACCCUUCCUACCUGGGAGGCCGGGACAUUCAGUUCUUUGCACUCGAUCAGGAGCGUACCGGGGGUGUCAAGACCGGUGUCAUCUACGUCACUACGUUUGACCCGCAACCGGCGACCGUCACGUGUUUCAACCGUUUCAUCCUGGACGUCGUGAUCGGUCUGCAAAACUUUACUCGGUCCGGCGUCGAGCGUAUCUUGGUUGAUACUUCGAACAAUGGCGGAGGCUACGUCUACCUCUCCGGAAUCCUUCAGCUGGCUCUCGCUGGAGGACAAUACGAACCCGAUCUCAACUUUGAGGUCUUAUUCCGAAAGGCGGACUUGUCUGAAGCCGCCGUCCAGGCGUACGUCGACAACCCCACUGAGGUUCAGGGCUACUGGAACCCGAUCCAAUUCCUCGACGCGGAUGCCAACCCGUUGAGGGCCUCUGACAACUGGAUGAAUCCGGGAGUUGACUUCCCCGUCGGGUCGGCAGUGUUGUCGGCGAGCAACCGGGUCCAGUUUGCCACAGAGAACUCGUUUGCGCAGAUCGAGGGCGUCGACCCGAUCCCGCCGUUUACGAGCGAGGAGAUUAUCUUUACCGGGAAUGGUCUGUGUGGCUCGGCUUGUGGUGGCUUUACGAGCUUUUUAGCCGAGUAUUACAACACGACCGGGUUUAUCAGUACCGCUCAGCCUGGCGAGCCUAUCACAUACACGGCCUUUACGUCGGGCAACGCCGUCAGUUCGUAG